AAACUCCAACGAGAAUAAAGACCACCACAUUAAGUUUUGGACUUAAUGAUCAUCGGCUAUGUUGUUGUGGUCCAACAUAAAUAUGAGUCUGCUGAGUUUGCCAUUGAUCGUAAAACCUUUCCACCACCGCACACCCCCUCACCGGGGGUAGUGCGUCGCCUCCACGCGCCGCCGUUAUCUUCUACGUCACUCCUGAAACAACACUCGUGGUCUCCGGAUCUAAUCCGCGAAGAAGCUUGGUCAAAACGUCAAGAUACCUCCCGCCACCGUCAUCGCCGCCGUGGAAAGAGCUUGACGGAUGAAGAUCUCGACGAGCUUAAAGCAAGUUUCGAACUCGGAUUCGGUUUCGGAUCUCCCGAAAUCGCCGAUCCGAGACUUUCCAACACGCUUCCCGCGUUAGAACUUUACUUCGCCGUUCAAAAAAGCUACAACGACGCCGUUUCUAACAAAUCAGCAACGUCGUCUUCUUCACUCUCCGAGGGCGAUACCAGUCCUCACCACACCGUAUACCAAACCAGCGAUGAUCCUCAAACGGUGAAGACGAAGCUGAAGCAGUGGGCGAGAGUGGUGGCGUGCACCGUGAACCAAUCGCCUCCGAGAUGAAAACUUAACGGCGUUAAUUUAAACGUGGUGGGGAUAAAUAUUGAGACGGCUA